AUGUCGCAGCAGCUACCGGACGUCUACACUAACAGCGAUAUCGACAACUUUCCCGGUGCGAGGGAGCGGUCCCGACCUGGCGAAGGAGACAGGGAGGAGACAUACCCCAUGACCCACGAUGCUAAAGGCAACCCUGUCUCCUCCAAACCGGCGAAUCAAGGUGUCCUCGCCUCGCAGCGCAAACGCCUAGAGCACGAGCGCAAGCUAGCCGACCUUGCCUCUCGGCCACCUAGCGGCUCAUCCUCAAGAUACACCCCUCUCCUCCUGAUCUUCCUAUUCCUCCCCCUUCUGUCCUCAUUCCUCACCGGCACCUCGUACACGUUCCACCUGGCCCCGCACGUCGUCCCGCCCGUGAGCAAAUGGUGGCGCCUCUCCUCCAUCAACCCGAACCGCAGCACCUUACGGACUUUCACGCCACACCAGCUGAGUAGGUAUGAUGGGAAGCGGGAGGACCGGCCGUUGUAUAUCGCCCUAGCCGGAGACGUGUAUGAUGUGAGCGCGAAUAGGAGGAUAUAUGGGCCGGGAGGGUCUUACUCGAUGAUGGCCGGAAGAGACGUCAGCCGUGCAUACAUCACCGGCUGCUUCAAGACCGAUCUGACACAUGACCUCCGCGGUCUCAGCAAGAACGAUCUCCAGGCUUUGGAGAACUGGAAGAAGUUCUUCGCGUCACAUGAGCAGUACCGCCUGGUCGGACAUGUCAAGAAUCCGCCUAUCGACCCGAACUCGCCCAUCCCGCCAGACUGUAGGAAGGAUGAGGAUGGGACACAAGGGGAGGAGGAGCAGACGCAUGCGGGCAAGAAGGCGGGGCAUGGGAAGCCGGGCCCGGUCAAGGCGACGGGAAGCUGA